AUGCCCGGCAUGGUCUGCGCCGCCCUUGGUGCCGACGUGCUGCUGACCGACAAGCCGGACGUCGUGCCGUACGUGGAGCAGCGCGUGGCGGACAACUUCCCGGGCGGAGGAGUGCAGGAGGCCGCCGCGGGCUCCGCGCGGGUGGCGGCCCUCACGUGGGACCUCGAGUCGGCCCGCCGCCUGCUGAGGCAGGAGGGCGGCUUCGACCUCGUCAUCUGCAGCGACGGCGUCUACGCUCCGCUGUACCCGAGCUCCUGCACCGGCCUUGCAGAGGUGGUGCACCACCUGUGCGGGCCGUCCACCAUCGCCGUGAUCUCGUUCUGCCGCCGACCGCCGCAGCACAGCGAGGCACGGUGGCGGAUUCCGACGACGGCACCGACGCUUUCUUGGCAGCGCUCGAGGAAAGAAUGCACGUCGAGAGGGUGGAAAGAGAACCGAUCCAACUGGGUUACUCCCAGUGUUCGCUUGAGGUCGUCGAGGCGAGGUUGCGAGUGGAAUCGCACGGAACCAAGAGGGGCGCCGGCUCAGAGGCGGAGCGCGAGCGAGAAGCCAAGAGGCCGAGCGUAG